UUAACCGUCAUACUUAGCUUAUAAACGUAGCAUGAUGAUACGAUAUGCCAGUUCUCUCGUGACAGCCAUUCACCGUGCGUAGAACUACUGAUUUUCAUUGACUUUUAACUGAGCCGUCACCAAUCAACCAGAACGAUGGAGGUAGCAGUUAUAGUUGCCCUCGCGUUUCUCAGCAUGUUCACGUUAUGCGAGGAAACGUAUGCUUUUCCCGAUGAUACAAAAAUUGAAAGCAAGGAUAUAAAGGAGCCGAAAGAUAUCAAGGAAGCGGCGACCGCGUCGAAAGACGUAAAGGACGCCAUCAAAGCGGCCAAGGAAGCGAAGAAGAAUAAAAAAGAUUGCGCGCGAGAUUGCGGGACCGAUUAUGAUCCUAUUUGCGUUCAUGAUCCUGCUGACUCCAAUUUCAAACCGAGGACCUUUGGCACGCAGUGCGCUUUGGAUAUUCACAACUGCGAGAUGGGCGCGAAUUUGGCUGUGAAGAGCAAAGGCGAGUGCCCUGGAUCUGGUGGAGCAAGAUUAUCCUAAACAGUCAUUGAAUUCCCCAAAAAAUAUUAAGAAACGAGAAGAAUACUGAAUACUGUCGAAUGAACUAUAAGAUUAUCGUUGUGGAUUUAUUUAGUUUGAGUAAAUAUUUUAAUAUAUCGUAACGCAAUGCGAUUGUCUUUCUGAUGAUAAGAAAACGGAGUUGAUGAUAUGCAAGAAUAUGCUGGAUAUAAUUACGUGAUAAAAUAUGGCGAUAAGAUUGGCCGUUAAGUUAUACGCUAUGUAAGCUAUCCGAAAUAUACAGUGUAAAGAGCAUCUAUCUAAUAAAUAUUAAUGACGAGCAA